ACCACUGCCACUCACCCCCGAUACUAUCGAUAUUAUCGGUCGUCUCGCAUCUCUAGCUACCAUUUUGCAAAUUUUUUUGCUCAACACGUGUUCGACGCUCGGCUCUUUUAAAUUAAUAUCAACCAAAUAACUGCAAUGGCUGAGGAAUCUUUCUAUGGUGUCACUUUGACCGGCGAAAGCAAUAGCGUGACGUGGGACGUGGACGAGGACUACGCACGAGGCCAGAAGCUGGUGAUCAAACAGAUUCUGCUGGGCGCGGAAGCCAAGGAGAAUGAGUUCAACGUGGUGGAGGUCAACACAGUGAAGGACUCUGUGCAAAUUCCAAUUGCUGUGUUGAAGGCAGGCGAGACGCGCGCCGUCAAUCCCGAUGUGGAGUUCUACGAGUCGAAGGUCACGUUCAAGCUGAUCAAGGGCAGUGGACCGGUGUACAUUCAUGGCCACAACAUCAAGGACGAUGUCGAGGUGGUCGACAUGGAGGAGGAGGAUGAGGAGGACGAUGUUGCCGAGGACGAGGAGGAUGAUCACCCAAAGAAGCGUGCAAAGAUCGAGCAGAAUGCCGCCGCCGCUGCUGGCGAUAAAAACGCCAAGAACAAGAAGAAGUAAAAGCCGCCACCGGACACGAAGAGCCGGAAAAUAAAUCAUCGUAAAUCGUCAACCACCAUCCCCAGCGAUGAUGGUUUAAGCUAUUUCUUCACGUGUAGAUUUAACAAGCAACAAAGUGUUUUAGGCCCUAUUUUACAAUACGAUACAUAACAUACUGAGAAUACAAUUUAGUUCCUUUUGAACGAGAACAGCUCCUUAACCUAAACUUUAAACCUCCUAACUCUAUAUUAUUACAUUCAGUUCAAAGACAACGUUGUGUGCUCGUCUCGUGUAAUCUUAAGCGGAAAGUCCACACACCAAAUCGAACACACAGAGAUUUGUAUAUACAUAUAUAUAAAACCUACAACUAAACAACUAAA